GAGAGAGAGAGAGAAGGCGCCAUUCCCUCCGUAGCGCUCAGUGGGAGAUACUUGUAUCCUCUCCAUCCUCUCCUUCCAACUGAGGGAUUUCUAAGGGAUCAACAACGAAAGAGAGACUACUUCCAUCAGAGAGAAGCCGCUACAUUCUUGGCCAAACGGGAGUCUCGGAGAAGUUCGUCGUUUGCGUGAAGAGGAGGAUGUCACAGACACCAGCUGGACAUGUUCAGAACGCAAUUCCGUUAUCAUCAUGCGCCUCAAGAUGUGUGAUCCUGUGAUGGACUGCUUGUGAAAUAAACGUAAACUUUUCGGAGUUCUAUAUCUUGAAGAUUCCCCGAGUUGUCCGUUUGUUUUAAAACAAUUUAUUAGCGUUUAGAUAUUCGUUGUGGGAAGUAGCCUAUGACAUCAGCGCACAGUGGGAGUUCGGUGGUGAUUCACGCUUUAAACCGUGGAAUAUCAACAUCACGUCCUCGUGCGCAUUUAACGCUCAUUUAAAGACAUUUAAUGAGCUAUGAUUAGUAUCCAUUACAUUUUUCUUUCUACAAAGUAUUAGCCGUUUGCUGUUCUUUAUUGAAUGUCGACCCACUGUCUUCAAACCUGGAAUGGGUGUCCGAGCAACAAGCGAUUGUGUGAACCGUUCACUGCUAUUGGGAAGUCGUGCGCACAUUUAUGAGGAGUAACGCAUUGGUAAACCCGUCGGUAGCCUAUAGCGGAAUAAUAUGCGCACCUUUCUCACCUGCGCAUUUUCUUCUUACAAAUGAGCACACAUUAACUUACUUUGGACGAUGCCUCACCUUUAUUUCAUUGAAGUAUUAUAAAAGAAAAGUGCCUCGGUGCGUCGCGUCUUUUUUCUAAAUCGAAGUCGGAGGAGGUAUAAGGGGAAAGAGGGAGAGAGAGAGCAUGGCCAAGCUAAGGCAUGGUGGUGUGGUUCUAGAACUGAAGAAACCCUACUUUACGUGGCAAGUCUUAUGUGUGAUGAAAGCUCUAUUUGACCUUACGGCAUCGCAGGAAAUUUACGCACCGCAUUCCAUAAGAAUGGAGGGAGACCUGACCCUUGGCGGUCUCUUCCCUGUGCACGCCCGGGGGAUCCCGGGGGAACCGUGUGGGGACAUCAAGAAAGAGAACGGGAUCCAUCGUCUCGAAGCUAUGAUGUACGCCUUGGACCAAAUCAACAGUGAUGACGAUCUUCUUCCCAAUGUCACCCUAGGUGCCCGGGUACUGGAUACGUGUUCGAGGGACACCUAUGCCCUGGAGCAGUCCCUGACUUUUGUGCAGGCACUCAUACAAAAAGACACGUCGGAUGUCAGGUGUACUAACGGUGAACCACCAGUGUUCGUCAAGCCAGAAAAAGUUGUGGGAGUGAUAGGAGCUUCAGCGAGUUCUGUAUCGAUCAUGGUGGCGAAUAUAUUACGUCUGUUUCAGAUUCCUCAGAUCAGCUAUGCCUCCACGGCCCCGGAGUUGAGCGAUGACCGGCGAUAUGACUUCUUCUCCCGUGUGGUGCCCCCGGACUCGUUCCAGGCCCAAGCCAUGGUGGACAUAGUCAAGGCCAUGGGCUGGAACUAUGUAUCUACCGUCGCAUCAGAAGGAUCCUACGGAGAGAAGGGAGUGGAUGCCUUCCAACAGCUGUCCAGAGAAGCAGGUGGGAUCUGCAUCGCUCAGUCCUUGAAGAUCCCUCACAAUCACAAGCAGGAGAACUUCGACAAGAUCGUCAAGUUGCUUCUGGACACCCGUUACGCUCGGGCAGUCGUCCUUUUCACCUCAGACGAGGACAUACGGGGUAUCCUGAAUGCCAGUAAGAGGGCGGACCAGGUGGGUCAUUUCCUGUGGAUCGGUUCAGACAGCUGGGGAGCCAAGAACAGCCCUGUCCAUCAGUUAGAGGAAGCAGCAGUGGGAGCUGUCACUAUCCUGCCAAAAAGAGCAACCAUUGCCGGGUUUGACGCAUACUUCACAUCGCGGACGCUGGAGAACAACCGCAGGAACGUUUGGUUCGCAGAAUACUGGGAGGAGAACUUCAACUGUAAACUAAUGAGUUCCUCCAAGAAGGAAGACACCAGCAGGAAGUGCACAGGCCAGGAGCGGAUCGGGAUUGACUCUAAGUACGAACAAGAGGGGAAGGUUCAGUUUGUGAUCGAUGCGGUGUACGCUAUGGCCCAUGCCCUUCACAACAUGCAGAGAGACCUGUGUCCCGAUGUCUCAGGGAUCUGUGAAGAUAUGGACCUAGCUGGGGGCAAGAAACUGCUCAAGUACAUCCGCAGUGUCACCUUCAAUGGAAGUGCAGGGACUUCUGUGACAUUCAACAAGAACGGAGAUGCACCGGGACGUUACGACCUGUUCCAGUACCAGAUGGACAACAACAGCUCUCCGGGGUACAAGAACAUUGGACAGUGGAUGGAAACACUACAGCUCAACGCUGGGACCAUGCUGGUGGCACACUGUACAUGCAAGGCUGUCCUUGGAAAGGCAUGUUCCCACGCUGCUGCCUUGAUGUGUGCAGUAGUGACAGGCCAUGUGAGUGGGGCCAGCCAAGAGAAGGUGCAGUGUACUGAACUCAGCAGGAUGCCCUUUGGAAGAAAGAGAACCUGCAUCUUCUCUCCCAUCCAACUCUACCCUUCAAACCAUCAGAUAAGGAACUCCACUCGCCUGCACCACUGCCAAGCCUUUAACAGAGCAAAAUGCUUCAGUGGGAUUUGUCCAAGCUGUUGCUGGAGAACGCCGAGAGAUUCAAUCAGCUCCGUUUAACAGGAGAACAGAUGGGGAACUUCAAAUGAGCCAGAGGCAAGAUCAGCCUACCAAGCUACACUCAAUGAUUUUUCGUCAGGAUUUCUAUCUAGAAGCUUUGUGUCUCAUCCUCGGUCCAGUGUUUUUCUGGCUCGGUGCAUCUCCUCAUAGUGUUCUGUCCUGUGAAUGCCACGGUCGAGGAGUCCUUGAGAUUAAGUGCCCUUUCAGUCAAAAGGGCAGCUCAGUGGCUGAAGGGUGCAAAUAUCCAUCAUUCUGCUUGGCAAAAUGGCACUGAAAUGAAAGCAUAUGUACAUGUGGCAAGGGAAAGUAUGUGAACCCUUUGGAAUUACCUGGAUUUCUGCAUAAAUUGGUCAUACAAUUUGAUCUGAUCUUCAUCUAAGUCACAACAAUAGACAAACAUAGCAUGCAUAAACUAAUAACACACAAAGUAUUGUAUUUUUCUUGUCUAUUUAAACUGAUGUACAUCAAGAACAUACACCUUCUGGAGUGGCCCAGUCAUAGUCCUGACCUCAACUCGAUUGAGAUGCUGUGGCAUGACCUCAAGAGAGCAGUUCACACCAGACAUCCCAAUAAUAUUGCUGAACUGAAACAGUUUUGUAUAGAGUAAUGGUCCAAAAUUCCUCCUGACCGUUGUGCAGGUCUGAUCCCCAACUACAGAAACCGUUUGGUUGAGGUUAUUGUUGCCAAAGGAGGGUCAACCAGUUAUUAAAUCCAAGGGUUCACAUAGUUUUUCCACCCUGCACUCUGAAUGUUUACACGGUGUGUUCAAUAAAGAAAUGAAAAAGUAUAAUUCUUUGUGUGUUAUUAGUUUAAGCGGACUGUGUUUGUCUAUUGUUGUGACCUAGAUGAAGAUAAGAUCAAAUUUGAUGACCAAUUUAUGUAGAAAUACAGGUAUUUCCAAAGGGUUCACAUACUUUUUCUUGCCACUGUACAUGGUGCCAGGUUUAAGCCCAAAUGCAUCUGGCAGAGGUAGAGUAUUGUGCCUUUUGUGGUCUGGAGUCCACACAAGUUACUUGUCGAGCACAUUCAGUACGACCUCUCUUUCUUUGAGACUGCUUACCAGAAGGUUGUGGAAUUCAUAAAAAAAUGUUGUGCUCCUAGAAGUUCUUGGGAAAGGGGUUCACUGAGCUGCGCAUUCCAUCUGUGAUGAAUUUAGAACUUUCCUGUGAGCAGUUAGGUUUGUUUUUGUUGAUUUGAAAUAUGUUAAUAAUACUUUAUUUAUUUAAAAAAGCUUGAACUUUUCAUUGGAACUGAACUGAAUCAAUUGUGGAUGUACAAUUGAUGUAAUUUGGUUGGAAACACAUUGGCGGACAUCCUAACUUGUUCUUGUGUUGGCCAGAAAUAUGAGGGAGACAACCUCUCUCGGACAUAACUUUCAAUGUGGCUGUUGACUCAUAAACAUGAGAAAAAAAUUACCCAAAAUGUGUUUGAUAAUUGUUGUCACAAAAUGGACCCUCAGAUUGUUUGCUCUUCUUUGAACUGAACAUAAGAAUUCCACAAGAAAAGGUUUGUCUUUUGUUGUAAAUGUAUUAUUGUAGUGAAUAUGAGGGUACAAUUAACUAUAACAUUUGGUAUUUACAUGGUCUGGUAGAUCUGAUUAUUAGUGAACAAGGAAUUGACUGUUGAUCAAAACUCAGACGAAUAGCAUCUGAUAAAUUUUAAAUUUUAAAAAAUACUUAUUUUUCACCAUAAUUUGCAAAUAAAUUCAUAAAAAAUCUUAAAA